AUGGCACCUAGACAAUCACAAACAGCUAAGCGAAACAAGACUCAGAACAAGACAAGAGAGAAUGAAUCUGAAGUAUUUCUGGACUCAGCAGCUAGAAACUUGUUAGAGAAUCAACCAAAACUUGCAGCAAAGUCCAAGGUCAAAAAGCUUUCUAAAUUGCAAGUUAAGAAACAACAGGCCAAGAUCAGGCUAUACGGAGCCAAGAACGGAAAGGAGUAUCGAGAGGAACAACUUAGUAUACCAGAUUUAAACAAAGCUAUUGUACCUGGUGUGAAGGCCAAACGCGGGAAAAAGGGUAAGAAAUUUGUUGAUGAUAAUGAUUCGUUAACCCUAAAUCGUUUGGUCAAGAGCAUUAAUGACAAAUACGACCAGGUCAAUGAGAGUAAACUUGAAAAAUCCAGAAGGUUGGAGGAGAUUCGAGAGUUGAAGAGACAGGAGAUGGAACGUAAGGAACAAAUGAAAAAGGAUAAAUUAGAUGGUAAAAAGGAUGAGUUACGAAGUAAAGCUUCAGUUGCAAGAGCAGCUAGAAGAAAGAAUGCUAAAGCCAGAAAGGCGGACGAGGUCGACGAAGGAGAAAAUACAGUACCGAAGAAGAAAAAAGUGUCUUUUGCUUAA